GCUACCCGCAGUCUAUCGAACUCUUUGCACACUAAAAUAGAUUUUAAAUUGUCUGAAGGUGAUUUAAAAGAGCGCCAUCCGACAAUUUCGAUCAUUUCAUUUCCGCUGUGUGCCCUUCGAUGUCAUGAUGCUAUUCCGACAGCGCUAAAACGAGACAAGAGGAGGCAUUUAAUCAAAUAUUAUUUGAUUCUUUGAACAAAAAUCCCAACCCAACUAUCUUGUAAAGGAUCUGCCUCAGCUUCGAGUAAUCCGUGAAUCAGGCAUGACUUCUACAUUGCCUUUUAAAAAUUUCACAUUUCAGAACUUAAACAACAGUGUUAGUAAUGUGAGUGUGAAACAACUUUUUAUUCUGAAACAGCCUUCCUAUAUGAUCGCUAUCUAUUCCAUUGCGUACAGUGUAGUGUUUCUGUGUGCUCUGUUUGGGAAUCUUAUGGUGGUCACCGUUGUUUUUAAGAACCGGGCCAUGCGCACGGUGACUAACUGCUUCAUUGUCAACCUGGCCGUGGCCGAUAUCCUUGUUGCAGUAUUUAAUCUUCCAAUUACUUUGCUCUCCAAUCUUUAUCUGGGUUGGCCUUUUGGACCUAUUCUGUGCAAAGUGACGCCAUACCUCCAAGGAGUGUCCGUCUGUGCAUCUGUAAACACACUGGCCGUCAUAGCGGUAGACAGAUACUUUGCAAUUUGUUCUCCGCUGAAGUACAAAUUAGACUCCGUACGACUGCGCAGGAUCAUCGUCUGCAUCUGGAUCACUUCCGGUGUCAUCAUUGUCCCGUGGGCCGUUUUCUACAUCCAACAAGAUUACAGCUACACCGAUCAUAUCACGCUCAACAUAUGCUACGAAAAGUGGCCCAGCGAGAUCGCCAAAAACGGAUACUUUUUGGGAGUGAUUUUUCUGUGUUGCUAUACAAUUCCGUUGGUUCUUAUAUGCAUUUGCUAUAUGGGGAUAUGUAUCAAGGUCUGCAACAGGAAACAGCUUGGAACAUGCAGUUCAGGAAAUAAUGUUAUUCAAAGAUCAAAGGUUAAAGUGGUGAAGAUGCUUGCUGUAGUGGUUUUCCUAUUUGCAUUUUCUUGGCUACCUUUAUACAUAGUUAAAAUGCUUAUAGCAUUCCACGAUACUAAUGAUAAUUUUCUGCAUGACACAGUGAUCCCUCUCGCACAAUGGCUCGGAUCGUCAAACUCUGGAGUAAAUCCGAUUAUUUACUGCUCCUUUAGCCGGAAGUUUAGAAACAGCUUCCGAAAAAUUCUGUGUCCGGGAAUUCUGGGAACCAAUGCAAAUGACCAAGUCAGGCGAAACAACACUCCAAAGGGGAUGUAUGCUGAAGCGACAGGGAACGAACGCUCCUACACGUUUGUGUAAAUUAGAAAAAAAAUAUUUAUCAUUAUUGAAGCAAAUUUAUACAAGUAUUUCGUAAAAUAUUCAACUACCAAACAAGUCUUAUAUAUUCAAUCUUGUAUACCGAGGUCAUUUUUACUGUCAACAUCCUUUUCACUAGUAUAUGAAUUACUUAUGCAGUUCUAAUAGACGGGCUUUGGUAUUUGUUUAUAAAUAUCUUUGAAGUAACGAAGAUAAAUGCUACAAUUUAUAAAUUUUUUGAUAAGAUAAUUCUAUUUCCAAAUUUUGUGUGUUAAAGGAUUGUACCUGUAAUUUAGAAUGUCUGAAAAAUGUGUAAUGGUUUAAUGCUCUGUAUGAUAAAUGAAAUAUCAAUAAAGAAAAUGGCGUUUUCAGACCAUUAUA